CACCUCAUUGGAAAGACCCCCCUCAGGGUUCUUUUUUUUUUUCUUCUUUUUUUUUUGCGUAAUCAACGUCAUGGUUAAGACGUAUAUAUAAACCUCUCAUUUCUUGAAACUUAUUCACACAUACACUUGCUCCUGAUUACUGCUAAUACUCAGCCAUGAAGUUCGCCGUUAUUUUUCUUGCCGUUAUGGUAGUUGCAAUUUCUGCAGCUCCACAAUAUACAACGAAAUUUGAUAAUAUUGAUAUAGAUCAAAUUUUAAACAAUAACAGAUUGUUAAACAAUUACGUUAAUUGCGUUUUACACGAUGGAACCUGCACUGCUGAUGGCAAAGAACUCAAAGCCGUUCUUCCUGAUGCAAUUUCCAGUGAAUGUGGAAAAUGUUCCGAAAAACAAAAAGAAGGCUCUGAGAAAGUAAUUAAAUUCUUGUCAAAGAAUAAACCUGAAAUUUGGAAGCAAAUUUUGGAAAAAUACGACAAGGACGGCAGCUAUAGAGCAAAAUAUGAGAAUAAGGCCAAGGAAUUGGGAAUUUCAACUUAAAAUAUAAUACAUAAAUAUAGUAUUAGAUUUUAUAAGUCCGAAAGAGAAGAAAUAUUAUUUCAAAAAAAAAAAAAAAAAAAAUCAACAACCUCUAUUACCUCCGAGUUAAUGACAAAAAAAACUAUUUAUUCUUUUUCUUCUGUAUUAUUUAUUGUAUAAAAUUUCAAAGGUAAUUUAAUAAAAAAUUUUCAAUUA